AUGCCUUUGCCAAAGGCACCCAAGGCCGAAAAGGCGCCAGAGGUGUAUACACCUUUGCCGCCCACGGACAGGCUGGCUAAGCAAAGGCGGGUGAAGCAGCCGAGCUCAGCGACCAGUACCACGCCUCAAACGCCUCAGCCAGCUCCGCACAAGAAGGCCAAGAUGGCCAAAGGCGACCCUAUUGCGCACUCUCACGUCGACGAGGCCGGCGACGACCAAGAGGACAUAGCCAAGAAUCCUGUGCUCAGGAACUCCCUUCUGAACCCCGAUCUGCACACUGAUUUUGCUGCCGAGCUUGGCGAAAUCGGUCCCGCCGAAGAGGACGUCGCCAAGCGGCCGGCGUCCAAGAACGACAAUCGGCACAAAAACAAGGCCAUGGAUGCCCCAAAACUUGUGGCCAAGCGGCCGGCAUCCAAGAACAACAAACGGCACGUCCACCGGGAAACUGACACUGGCUCGGUUUCCCUUCGUCCCGGCGAGACCAGCGGUGGCCAGCCUGUCGAGAAAGCCAACGUGGUCCGGUCGAACGAAGACCUAGGUAGCGUUCAGAAGGCACCUGCUGCCGUCGGUGUCAAGGAUUCCGGUUCCGGAAAGAAGCAAGCCACCGACGGGAUCACUCAGGCCGGCAAACACUCCCGUUCAAAAACAGCCAGCAAGAAGCCCGAAUAUACAUGCGGCAGCCUCAUGUCGGAUGCAAAGGACCAACAAAUGACGCCGUCAACAGCGCCCAAUAGGAUUUCCGGCUCUGGCUCCCAUCCCAGCUCUGGUUCCGGCCUCGCCUCCGGCUCCCUUUCUGUCCCACGCUCCCGCUCUAGCUCCCGCUCUGGCUCCGAUCCCAACUCGCACGGUACCCCCUCGCCGGGCGAGGGUUACCAACAAGUGGCGCUGUCGACAAGGUCGAACAGCAUUUCCAUUUCUAGUCCCGUCUCCGUUUCUAACUCCGACUUGGACUCUGACCCCGGAUUCGACACCUCCAGGCUCAGGGCGGCGACAGCGACCCUCGCUAAGGAGGGAAUCCAAAGUUUGGCCGCUCCAAUUCUGGUUUUUGGCCGUACACUCCGUCGGGCAUCGAGGGCAUACGAUGCGGCAGCCAUCGAGUCACUCGAGCGAAAUGUCAAUGGGACUACAGCCAACUUGGACCUGGUUGAUGCUGCUACUCAGACAGUCAUUGAUCUUGACAUGGCGAACAAUGCACUUCGUCAUUUGCAUGAGGCAUUGGUUAUACUCACAGACCUCCAACGUAGGGCGGCCAAAGCACCAGCUCCGGCGAUGCCCCCCCAGAGUCGUGGCAACAAGCGCCAGCGGACCGAGUAA